UUCCGAUUUCAAAAAAUAUGCCUGAAUAAAUUGAUUUUAUGGUUAGCUAAAGUAACUGAUUAUCUGAGGCAAUUAGUGGUAUAUACAAGAAGAUUGAUUGUCAUAAAAUUGACAAACGUGUAAACUUUUAACAGAUCACAGAGUAAAAUGCCAAAUAAAUUAAAAAAAAGAAGAUAGAACAUAACCUAACAUUAAAUAUAAAUAUUACCCAAUUUAAAACUUGAACAAAAAAGAAAUAUAUUGUACGAUUAUAAACAUGAUUAAGUUUCCAAAUAUAUUUAAAUUUUCCCGGACUCCAGCUAUCCAUUAUUAUUGUUGUAAAUAUUCUAGUAACAAAGAUACAACUCCCUCGAUUGUUACAGAAGAACCAAAAGAACUAGUUCGCAAACAAUUUGAUCUCAAAGAUGUUAAAGCCUCAGAUAUGCAAUGGAGGACACCCUGGCACCAAAAGGAGGGAGAGUAUUACACUGCAUUAAGAGUAUUUUAUAAAGAAGAGAAUCGAACGAGUAUGCUUCAAAAACUUCAAGCUCCGAUCGACUUGUCUCCAUCUGCUAUUAAAAAUUGGUGGGCUAAACAAAAAGAAAAGAAAGAAAUUAUGAUGCAGUCGUACAUACCUGAUAGACAUCGUAUUCUAGGUAACGAAUUAGCUGCAGCACAUUUUAUUGUACAUAGAGGAGGUUCCAUAAAGUUCUAUAAUGAAGACAAAUGGAUAAAAGCAAAUGAAGAUAAUGAAUAUGUACUUCCAAGAUUUUAUGAAGAAGAGAAGGUUCUUCAAGCUAUAGACUGUAGUGAUAUGAAUCUUUAUUAUGAAGGGUUGGUUAAUUUGAGGGAUUUAAGGAAAGUGGAAUGGUUGAGUUUUAAUGGUUGUGAGCACAUAGAUGAUUGGUGUUUAGAUAGAAUUAGUAAUAUAUUUAGUCACAGUCUGAUUUACUUAGAUUUAAGAAAUUGUCCAAAUAUUACAGCAAGAGGUAUUGGUGCUUUAUAUAAGUUGCAGCAUUUAAAAAUUUUAUAUUUGGAUGAUUUCUAUAAAUCAACGCAUUACGAAUUAACUUGUUUAUUAUUACAAGAAGUUAAUCCUGAUUUAGAUGUAAGAAGUGAUCCUGUUACAUUUGAGCUUUCAUAAUAAAAAUAUUAAUAUUUA